CACUAUGAUCCAAGUAUCAAGAAGAUACUGCCACAUAGUAAAAUGUAUACGAUUCAGAUUGGUAAUGAGAGGUUCAUCCUGUCAGGAGCAUCUCUCUCUUCCGAUGCACCUUCGUAUUUCACCAAUUACUUCUCGCAGAGUGCCAACAGUGACCAGGUGCUGUUUAUCGAUCGCUCCCCAAGGAUCUUCCAAUACAUCUAUUCCCAUCUACAGGGUUAUCACGUUGAAAUUGACGAUGCAGAUACGUUUACUGGGCUGUUUUCAGAUGCCCUUUAUUACCACCUCCCUCAGCUGCGCCAACUGAUCCUGAACUCUGACUACUACUAUGCGAACAUAGGAGGAGAGUCGAUAAAGGUUUCAAAGAAGCUGCUCAGCGGCCGUGGCAACACGCCAAACUUCUUUACAGUGGCCAAUGACUCGCUCUAUAAGGACAUUAGCGACAUCAUCACCGACAUGAAUUGGAUUCGUCCGCCUCCACAAGCUGCGCCAUCUUUGAACAGAAGUCCAAUACUGUUCAAAGAGUUGGUCCAUAUGCUCCAAGGUGCUGAGCCUGAGAUUAGAUCGCCGGAGCACAGAAGGUCGUUGAUCAAAGAGGCAAAGUACUAUAGGUUUAACGCACUGGCGGAGAAGUUACAAAACAUAAUCGAGGUGUAUAACCCAUUCACUGGUGCCCAAGAAAUAGCAGUGUCACUGGAUAGUAUCAAU